CAUCACAAAACUUUCGUCAUAUUGAAAUAAUUUAUAUGAAAAGAUGUACGACUUCUUUACUUAAAAGAAAUACUUUAAUAUCUCAUUGUGGCACAUUAAAUAUGGAUUGAUUAUAACGUGUCGAAGAUUGGAAAACGUCCUACAAAAUGAGCAGCUCUAUGAUGGAGAUAACCUUCCUUGGGACAGGGUCUGCCUAUCCCUCCCCUUCUCGGGGAGCCUCGUGUGUCAUCCUUAAAAUGGAUGAUGGGUCUUGGAUGUUUGAUUGUGGAGAAGGAUCUCAGAUACAACUACAAAAGAGCAAGGUCAAGGCUGGAAAAGUCAACAAAAUAUUUAUUUCUCAUCUCCAUGGUGAUCAUAUGUUUGGGUUACCAGGGUUACUGUGUACCAUCAGUGGAAAUAACCAAAGGUCAGAGCCACUAGAAAUCUAUGGACCAGUUGGCUUACGCAAGUUCAUAAGAACCAGUUUAGAACUGUCACGAACCAUACUCGGCUUUGCAUACCUUGUUCAUGAAAUGAAAGUUUUACCAUGUCAGAUACCCAGUGAAAUUCAGAAAUGGAAAGUUGAAGAGUCAUGUGACUCACUUAGCCUUCAUCCAAACGAAAGAAAAGGGCGACUGAUACAAGCAGACCAAGAUAAUGUCUGGACACUGUAUUCUAAUGACAAAAUCUCAGUGAAGGCAGUCUACCUCCAACACAGAAUUCCCUCCUUUGGUUUUUGUGUACAUGAAGCCUCCUCCCCUGGAAAACUUGAUAUAUCCAGACUGACAUUACAAGGGGUGAAGCCUGGACCGUGGUGUAAAGAAGUCAAGGAAGGAAAAGUUGUCACUCUGCCUGAUGGAAGAAAGAUAGAUCCUGCUGAUGUUGUGGGACCUCCCAAGCCUGGCCGUAAGGUGAUAAUCCUUGGGGACACCUGUAACUCCUCAGAGAUCUACACUGUGGGGAUGGAUGCCGAUGUUAUCAUACAUGAAGCCACUCUACAGAACUCUCUAAAGGACAUGGCUCUGGAGAAGGGUCACUCUACCCCAGAAAUGGCAGCUGAGGUGGCAAAGGACUUGAAUGCCCGAUUGCUUGUUUUGACCCACUUCAGCCAGAGAUACAUGCCAGUGUCGGACGAAUACGAGGAGGAAGAAUCUGUAUCCAUUCUGCUUAAAGAAGCAGAGGAAAUCAUGGGAGCAGAGCGUGUAAUAGCAGCUGAGGAUUUCCUCUCCAUUACAGUUCCAAUACGUCAGUCCCCAACCAAAGACAAAGCUGAGGAUAGUGUGCCUAACCUAGCAAUAUUUAAACAGUCUUCAGCUCUCAAGCGAGAUCAUGCUGAAAAUCUAGAAAAUGAAAAGAACUUUCUGAGAGAAAAUGGAAAAGAAUGCGAAAGAACUUAUACAGAAGAAUCAAGGGUCAAAAGAUUAAAAAUAGAAGAGACCACAUAGUGAUAUUAAAGGAAUAUUUGUUUGUAUCUGAAUUGAUAUGAUUUGUAGUUAAAAACAUUUUUUUUUUCAAUAUGAAUAUAGGACUACAAAUAAUAAUAACAUUAUUAAGAAAAUAUACAAGACUUUGUUCUUGAAUGAGAUAACUGAACUGUAAAUUCACAAUA